GACGCGUAUGUUUUGACGCGCGAGUCGAUGCAAACACGACAACUUGAUGGAAAAGUAAAAGACGUAGGGGACAAAAAGUCGGGGAAGAGCGAAGUAGAGAAUGCAAAUUGCAAGGAAAUAAGGUAAUCUAAGAAGGAAAACAAGGAAGAUCGUAGAGAAGGGAAAGGGCCGAUAGGGUCGAGUGGUCGGUAUUGCGUAUGAUGGGGUGUGACGACGGUACGUCAAAGUAGAUCCAGUAGAUAGAGGUGGAAAAGUAAGUGGUAUAGGUGGGUAGAGGAACAGCGGCGAAAAGUGAACUGGCAAAACGAGAGAGAAAAUGGAUGACACGAUGUAGAACGUAAAAACGAGAUGAGGCGAGACAAGAGAAGGAAGAGCGACGAACGAGAAGUAGAGGUAUUAGCUGGUAAGAAAACGUAGGAGGAGCGAGGGAAUGUAAGCAUAAUGUAAAAGUGGAAACAGCGACAGAGAGAGAGAGAGAGAGAGAGGGAGGCGGGUAGGCAAAGGUGAUGGCGGCAGCGCGACGCGAGGAAGAGUACAACGGAACGAAGAAACGAAGGAAAGAGCGGAUGAAUGGAGACGAAACGAAGAAGGAAGAGCGGAGAAGUGGAAAAGGAGUGGGGCAAUGAUAAAUCGUUCACCUGAACCGCAUGCUCGCCGUUCAGGAUCCAGUGGAACGGGGCAGCGGUGGCUGUCGGGGCAUUGAUGAUCAUCGUUGCCGCGAUUUUGGCUGCGGUCUUUCCAAAAUUGGUCGACGCUUUGCUGAACAGAGAGAUCGCCCUUCGUGAUGGUGGCCGCACGUUCAACUGGUGGAGGGAACCUCCGUUGUCACCUCGAUUGAGCGUCUACAUUUACAAUGUGACGAACGCCGAUGAAUUUUUAAACGAUGGCGAGAAACCAGCAUUGGUGGAACUCGGGCCGUACGUGUACAUGCAACACUGGGAAAAGGUCGACGUAAAAUUCAACGAUAACGAUACGUUGUCGUACAAAAUGAAGAAGGAGUUUGUUUUCGUACCGGAACUGUCGGUCGGCUCGGAAGAGGAUUUGGUCGUGGUGCCGAACAUACCGAUGCUUUCGGCCACCACCCAGUCCAAGAAUGCGGCGCGUUUCUUGAGGCUGGCGAUAGCCUCGAUCAUGGACAUACUGAACAUAAAGCCGUUCGUCGAGGUUUCGAUCGGUCAACUACUCUGGGGCUACGAGGACCCGUUGCUCAAGUUGGCCAAGGACGUGGUUUCGAAGGAUCAAAAGUUGCCGUACGAUCAAUUCGGUUUGUUGUACGGGAAAAACGGGACAACGCCCGACUGGUACACCAUCUACACCGGCCAAGAGGACAUCGGUAAAUACGGAAUUCUGGACAAGUGGAACGGGAAGGACAACCUGGGCCACUGGACCACGGCGGAGUGCGACAGCGUCGCUGGUAGCGACGGAAGCAUCUUUCCGCCGCGCAUCACCAAGCAAACGGUGCUGAAAGUGUUCGACAAGGAUCUUUGCAGGGCAUUGCCCCUGGUGUUUAAGGAGGAGGUGACCACAGCUGGUGGAGUACCCGGGUAUAGGUUCGUGCCCGCGAACGACGCGUUCGCUUCUCCGAACAGAUUGGAAACACAGCGAUGUUUCUGCCCAGCGGGUCCACCUUGCGCUCCCGAGGGAACCUUCAACGUCUCGCUCUGCCAGUACGAUUCGCCGGUGUUGCUCAGUUUUCCGCAUUUUUACCUUGGGGAACCGUCGCUUCGAGAGUCGGUAAGCGGAAUAUCGCCGCCGGUCGAGGACAAGCAUCAAUUCUACAUCGACGUUCAACCGAUGAUGGGCACAUCGUUGAGAGCGAAAGCAAGAAUUCAGAUAAAUCUGGCGGUGAAGCAAGUGCGGGACAUUAAACACGUCGCCUCGUUCCCGGAUAUCGUUUUCCCGAUCAUGUGGUUCGAAGACGGCAUCGACGAACUUCCGGCAGAGAUGCGAAGCCUGAUGAAGAUGGCCGUGGACGUGCCACCGAUAGCUCGAGCAGCGGUAUCCGGAGCUCUGGCAGCGAUAGGAGCGAUCGUUUUGAUAGGAGCGCUCCUGUGUCUGGCGCGCGCCGCCAAACGACAAGAGAAGCUGCACCUCACCAAUCCGUUGCCGUCGAACGCGACCGCGGGCAAAACCGGUCAGCUGAACCCGGCUUUCCAGAAUUCAUCGAGUUCCAAGUAGAUCGUCCGGUUGCUCGGUCGGCCGUUUCUACGUCCUGCGAUCUCGAGCGUGUACGCGUUAUGUUUUCGCCCUGGCAAUUUUCCAAGGGAUACAACGAUCGAGAGAGCGAGAGACGUAUAGAGAGAGAUAUAUAUAGCGAGAGAGAGAGAGAGAGAGAGAGAGAGAGAGA